AACAUCAUAUAUUUGGUAUUUUAAAGGAAUAUUAAGAGAAUAUAUUUCCUAUUUUAUGUGACACAAAAACAUCAUAUUUUAAGGAUUUUAAGACAAUAUAAAUCUGACCUCUAAUUAUAAGUAAAAAUGUAUGUAGUUUUAAAAAAAUUAUGUCUGUAGGACCCCUCCACCACCCUUUAAUCAAGCCUCGUGUAACAAACAAACAUAUUUCAAAAAAUGAAUAGGUCUACAUUGGAAGGGGUUAAACAUAUCUUUGUUCAGCGUGACAGUAAACAUCAGUCAUCGCAUUAUUUAAUAAUCCCUUUACAAGAGAUGAAUUUAAUAUAACACAUCCUGUCUGAUGAACUAAAGCUAAUAUUCAUUUGAAUGAAUAUAAACCAUCAAGUUAAUAGGAAUUAAAUGUUCAUAACAAAUUCAAAAAUGAGUUUAAAAAUAUGUUUUUUUAUCUUAUUUCUCAAUAUAAUACUUAUAAGAGCAACAGAUAGAAAAAAUAUUUUAAAUACAUAUUUUGAUGUUUUAUUGAGUGACAACAGCCAUGAAAAUCGAUACAAAACAUUGCUGCAAACAGGAAUACAUGAUUUUUCAGUUGGAUUGUUUGAGGGAUCAGGUGGUCGUAUUAAUAAAAUAUCAAAUAUCCAUCGAAUUGGUAAUGUCAUUGUGCACCCCGGAAAAGAUGAAACCUGGAUAGAAAUGUCUUUCAUUGUACAACAUCUAUAUGUUAUUUGGGACAAUUCAACUUGUUUUGGAAUUAAAUGUCAGCUUUGGGGUACUAUGUUGGACAAUAAAUUUGAUGUGAAAAUGGCUGUAAGACCGAUCAACUGCUUGGUGUCAUACAAUAUUAAUUUAAAUACUGUCGGAACAAUGGAAGUCCUCUAAUGGAAAGUGUCAGACAUCGUAUAAACCAUAGUGUUAUACAUGAUUUUAUAGAUAAAUAUCAAAUAGACCAAAUAUGUAUAGCCGUCAAUGAAACUAUUUACAACCAAAUGGUUUAAAUUGUAUGUAACCAAAUGGAAAAUAUUUUUUUUUUUGCCUACCAUUUUAGUUUAUUCAAUAAAUUGAAUCAGACAUAAAAUUAAGACAACACUAACAACAUUUUUAUUUCUUACUUAAAUAGGUACUAACAUUAAGAUUAGAAUUAAAUAAUCAAGUUAUUUUUAUUAGGUGUGCCUAGUGUAAUAAGCUAUAUUUUACUCUUUAUUUGUCAAUUAUUUUUUAAUAAUUCUUGAAAUUAAUUGCUCUCCUGUUGUAAAGUUUAUCAGUAAAGAUAAAACUAGACCAAAUUAUUUAUGAUUAUGUUCAUCUUUGUAAUAUUUAAAAUAAAAUCAAGUUUAAUAU